AUGUAUGAGAAAGCUAGUAUAAGUAGCUUAUCGUCUAGAUUGGGGCUUUCGUGGUCUAAACCAACAAGUAGAACGUUCAAGCCAGCACCCAUACCGGAGGCCACUAAUAACGGUACGAAUAUUUUGGACUGUUGUCCACUAGAAACCGAUGGGAGAGGUAACUUUGUGGAUAUUAAAGGGAGAAAGAUUACUUUGAAGGGUAUCAACGUUGAUGGUGCACUGAAAUUUCCAUGUACCCCGAACUUACCAAGCUAUGCGGGUGACGGAAGCGAUCCUGAUAAUAUAUUCUUUGAGGGAGAACAAGUACUGUUUGUUGGAAGACCAUUUCCCCUUGAAGAAGCAGAGGAUCAUUUUGAGAGAAUAAAAUCGUGGGGAUAUAAUACUAUUAGAUAUUUGAUAACCUGGGAAGCAUUAGAACAUUCAGGGCCCUGUAAAUAUGAUGAUGAUUUUAUUGCAUAUACCAUAGACAUGCUCCGUAUUAUUAAUAAAAUCGGGGGUCUCUAUGUAUUCAUAGAGACACAUCAAGAUGUAUGGUCCAGGUUUAGUGGUGGUAGUGGUGCUCCUAUGUGGACUUUACAUGCUGCAGGUCUUCAGCCUAGGAGAUUUGCAAUUUCAGAGGCAGCAAUCCUUCAUAACGAAGAGAGAUUUCACAGGAAAAAAAACCCAGAUACUUAUGACCGAAUGGUUUGGACAACAAAUUAUAAAAGAUUAGCCGCAUUAGUGAUGUUUACUGUAUUCUUUUCUGGGGAGAACUUUUUCCCGGGUUGUAAGAUAAAUGGAGAAAAUAUCCAGUCUUAUCUACAAAGACAUUAUUUUAAUUCUAUUAAAUACUUUUGGAAGGCUGUUACUCUGGCAUUACCAGAAAUGCUAGAGAAUGGUAGCUUAGUUGGAUUUGAACUGAUGAAUGAGCCUAGCUGUGGUUUAUUGGGCUAUAACAAUAUUGAGGAAUUUCCUUGUAAUCAACAACUUCGUGUCGGGACCACUCCAACUGUUUUCCAAGCCAUGAAAUUAGGUAUGGGUCUUGCUUGUAAGGUGGAUGUGUAUAAAAUUGCUAUUACGGGUCCUCAAAAGAAUCAUUCUAAAAUAGUAGACCCAAAGGGAGAGCGUGCUUGGUUAACGCCCGAAGAAUCAAAAUUUUACGACGAUAUAUACCAUUGGAGAAGGGACCCUAGUUGGAAAAUUGGCGAGUGUCUAUUUGCACAACAUGGCAUAUGGCAAUGGGAUGAAGAUAUUGAUUUCACCAAACUAAAAUCUUACUCAGAAUAUGAGAGAUUAAAUAUUAGUGAGAAUAAAUGUAAAGUGAAAAUUCCCGAUUAUUUCAGCAAGCCAAAUAAGAAUCACAAUUUUAGCAAAAGUAUUAGAGAGAUAAACUUAGAAUACUUUUGCAACAACAAUUUUGUUGACUUUUAUGUGUCUUUUAAGAAAACUAUUCGUUCUGUUACACCAGAUGCUUUUUUGCUAAUUGAGCCGCCUGUUUUAGAAAUUCCUCCAAAGUUAAAGGGCGACCACCGUCAUAUUAUUGAUUCGAAGACAGUUUACGCUCCUCAUUACUAUGAUGGUAUGUCCCUUUUAUUUAAGACCUGGAAUUCUAAAUACAACGUUGAUACGUUAGGGAUUAUGCGUGGGCGGUAUUACAACCCGGUUAUGGGAAUUGUUAUUGGAGAAAGGUCAAUUAGGAGUUGUAUCAAGAAACAAUUUGCGGAAAUGAAAAAAGAAUGUGAACAUAAUUUAGGAUAUAUACCAAUAUUAAUGUCUGAAACAGGUAUGCCCUUCGACAUGGAUGAGAAACAAGCGUAUAGUGGUGGAAAAUAUCGUUCGCAGACUUCGGCAUUAGAUGCAAUUUCCAACGCGCUAGAAGGUCUGAAUAUGUCACAUACUUAUUGGUGUUAUACAAGCAUUAAUUGCCAUAAAUGGGGAGACCGUUGGAAUAAUGAAGAUUUUUCAUUCUGGUCACUAGAAGAUAGAAUCGAUUUCUCAAACAAUGCUAAUAUCAAUGAUGAUUCUACUCCUAAAUCAGCCUCAAACACUCCUAAUUCCACUAGACAAUCGCUGAUUACAGGUAAUCAAAUGUCUUCUUUGAAGCUAUCUUCCCGAAAACUCAGUGAAACAAUGAUGAAAUCAAAACUUCGUCGUCAGAGUUUGAAGCUAUGUGAUAAUAUUAGUAACAGCUUUACCAAACUUGACAUUAAUGAGCAAAAUAACAACAACUAUAAGAAUAAGAAUAAUGAAAAUGAAUAUGAAAAUAACAAUACUAGGGAAGACGAAGGUUUCUACUCAAAAUCUGGUACCCGUAAUGGAGAUGAUGCCCCAAAGUUCAAUAGUAAUUUCUCGUUUGAUAAACCGAAAGAAGUAGAUGCAUCAGAUGUUCAAUCUACACAAUCAUCAAUUCUAAUCAGUUCUAGUUGUGAGAAUGUUAAAUACAGGCAUUACAGUAACUGCUACUCCUCACCAGAUGGUGUUAGAGCUGUCAGUGCAGUUGUUAGACCAUAUGCUAUUGCUUCAGCAGGUAUUAUUAUGAAUAACGAAUUUCAUAUGAAAGCCGGCAAGUACAUUUUAACGGUUCAAGUUAGCAAACAAAACAAACAGAAAAAAGAUACACCUACUGUUAUUUUUAUCCCCACAUGGCAUUAUCCUUAUCUAAAUUAUGGAGAUAUAGAAAUAAGUUCAGGGUAUGUGAAAUACAAUCCACAUUUACAAUAUUUAGAGUGGUUCCAUGAAGAUUUGAAUUCAGAAAGCACUACAAAAGGAUCAAGCAGCACAGAAGAAACUAUAAUCAUUGAAAAUCGUAGUGGUAGGUUGGAAGCCCCUCCACCAAGCGUAGAUUCAAAUGAAACAGGUUGUCCAGUUUCUUAA